ACAAAAUGGACACAAUGAAACGCCCUAUAUAAAAUUUAUGCGAUUGUAAAAAUCUUAUUGUCUAUGAAAAUGAAUUCUAUCAAAGUAAAAUGGAGAAAUUAUUGAUACAAAAUACGGUUAUUUCAGGAUAGAGCUUCAACAUCUGGACAAUUACAACUUCUAGAAGUUGAGGACGAUUUGAAUUUGCAACUUAAUAAUAUGGCAAGUUCUACUCCUGCUAUUGAGAAUUAUACCGAAGAAAGCAAUAAUUUUAUUAAUGUAGAUAAUGUAGACAAUAUUUAUAAUAGUUCAGUAGACAAUUAUAUGGUAGAAGCAGUUUUACGUGGUGUACAAUCUCUGAGUGAAAAUAAAGUUGAUAAUUCUCAACUCCGACAUGAAGAAAAUUCAAAUAGCGGAGCAAACCUUUUUGAGAAUUCAAAUAGUGGAACAAACCUUUGUGACAAUUCAAAUAAUGGAACAGACCUUUGUGAGAUUUCAAAUUAUGUAAACAAACAACUCAAACAAGUAGUAGUUUCUAAUGUUAGUGAAAAUAUGGACGCUAGUGAUACUUUUAAUUCCGAACUUAGUCAACUUACAGUUUCUAAAAAUGUGAAGAAAAAUGAAAAAGUAGACUCUGACUCAAAAAUAAACCUCGAAGGACGCAGAAUAGUUGAUAUUCAAUAUUUUUUAGAUUCCCUGAUUUUAAUAUCAAACCAUGCGCCUCACUUUGGAUGUUCUCUUCAAAAUUUAAAAGUAACAAAAGAAACAAGAUUUGGAUUAGCAUCUAAAAUAACAUUUAAAUGUAAUAUGUGUCUUUCUACUGAGACUGUGACAACAGUUGAAGAUUUCGAAGAAAUCAAUAAAAGUGCUGUCCUUGGCAUUACUAACGUUGGGUCAGGAUAUGCACAUUUAAAUGAAUUCAAUUCUUCUUUAAAUAUACCAACAUUAUCCUCUAAAACAUAUAACAAGAUACAGGAUAACUUAUCGGACCUUUGGGAAGAAGCGGCAUUAGAAGAAAUGGCAAAAGCUGCCAACGAAGAAAAAAGAUUAGCAAUAGAAUGCGGUGAACUAAGUAAAGACGGAAUCCCUUUAGUUAUCGUCGUUUGUGAUGGUGUUUGGGCUAAAAGGUCAUACAGAAUAAACUAUAAUUCAUUUAGUGGGGCUGCUGCAAUUGUGGGUUUCAAAACAAAAAAAGUACUAUUUUUAACAGUGAGAAAUAAAUUUUGCAUCAUCUGCAAAAAAUAUUCCACUGAUACACCACAACAUAAUUGUUACAAAAAUUGGAACGGUUCCUCAAGUGCUAUGGAAGCUAACAUUAUUGCUGAAGGAUUUACCAAGAGUAUUGAAAUGUAUGGAUUAAUUUUUAAUAAAAUGGUUGCCGAUGGAGAUAGCAGCUGCUAUGAUGCUAUAUUGCAAAAGAACCCAUAUAAAAAUUUUGAUAUUUCUGUUCAGAAGGUGGAGUUCCGAAAUCACUUGCUGAGAAAUUAUCUCAGAAAAAUAAGAGACCUGACUCAACAAAAGGAUUCUGGGCCUUUGCAACUCCGAAAAGAAGUGAAGAAAAACAUGUUGAGAUUUAGAUAUGCUAUAACAGAAGCUAUCAAGUAUAGAAAAAAUCAGCCACAUAUUUUGGGCAAAAAAAUUGAAUAUUUAAGGCAAGAUAUUUAACCAGGAAACCAUAAAAAUUGUGCAGAAUACUUUUGUACAAAAAUGAAGUUAGUACCACUAUUUCUGAUAUGAAAUUAACUCCUUUAUAUGACAAGCUAAUGGUACCUGUCAGAUAUAUUGCAAAUCAUCCCAAAAGCUUAAUUUAUGAUGUUGACAAUAAUUGUGAAGAGCAAUUUAACAAUAUAAUUGCUAAACAUACUGGUGGGAAAAGAAUUAAUUACAUAAUGAGAAGAUCAUACCAGACGCGAUGUUAUGCAACUGUUGUGGCCCUAAAUAGUCGAAAGGAAUUGACCACCAUAAAAAAUAAGUACGGAGAGUGCAGUAAUCAAUUCCUUCAAACAUUCGAAUCUAUGAAACAAAGAAGACUUGCACAGAAAUCUAUCUAUAGACAAAAAAUAAAAUUAAAGACGCGACCACAAAACAAAAAAAAAACCAGAUAUGGAUGACUUAACUUAUCAACUGGCAAAAAAAGAUUUUUUGAAUAGCUUAUGCAUUUCUCUGAAAGAAAAGCAUCUUAUUGAAAAACACACCAGAAAUCAAGCCGAUUCCAGUUUAUGGCAUAACGAAAGAAAAAAACGCAUUACUGCUUCAAAUUUCGGCGAGAUUUGUAAAAAAAGGGAGAAAUCUUCAUUAAAAAAUCUCAUCAAGUCAGUUGUUCAUCCUGAACAAUUUUUUUCUAAUGCUACACAAUAUGGGGUUGACAAUGAAAAGAUUGCUAGAAAUGAUUUGCAAAAUUACUUAAACAAAAAAAUUGUACAAUGUGGUCUUUUUAUUGAUUCUGAACUUAAUUAUGUAGCUGCCUCUCCUGAUGGAAUUGUAGAAAAUGAAAACUCCAUUGUAGAGAUAAAGUGUCCCUAUUCAUGUAGAAUGUUUACAAUAGAUGAGGGAAUAGAUACAAGAAAAAUUACAUUUUGGAGAAAAUACAAAUCAAUUAAUGAAAACCACAAUUGGUAUUAUCAAAUUCAAGGUCAAUUGCAUGUUACAAAAAUGGAUUUUUGCUACCUUUGCGUUUGGACUCCAAAAGGAAUAAAAAUAGAAAAGAUUCCAAGAAACCAGGAAUUCUGGACCCAAAAAAUGGAAGAGAAAAUAAAAAUGUUUUAUUUGGAGUAUGUUUUGCCUGAAAUCGUUGACAGCAGGGUUAACAGGGGAAUGGCAAUUAGAGAUAAAGAUAAUAUUAAAUAAAGUGUUAUUUUUACUGAAUGAUUUUUUAUUUUUAUACCCAAGAUGGUCAAAAGGGACAUGUAAGUCGUUUUUUCUAAUUUUGA